AUGCUCUCCCCCGAGCGCCACCGCCACCACCGCCACCCCCCGCCGCCGCAGCCGCCGCCGCCGCCGCACCACCCGCCGCAGCCCAGCCAUGUCGUGGCCACCAUCGAGAACCUGCCGGCGGAGGGCGGCAGCGGCGGCGGCAGGAGCGGCAUCUCCGCGCCCUCCUCCAGCGUGCGCCAGAGGAUCAGGAAAGUGCUGAACAGGGAUCUCUUGCUGUCUGUGGCGCUUGGCCAGGUACUCUCCCUCCUUAUCUGUGGCAUUGGUCUCACGAGCAAGUAUUUGUCAGAAGAUUUCCAUGCCAACACACCUGUUUUUCAGAGCUUCCUCAAUUAUAUCCUUCUAUUCUUGGUCUACACAACAACACUAGCUGUCAGACAAGGAGAAGAAAACUUGUUGGCAAUUUUGAAAAGGAGAUGGUGGAAGUACAUGAUCCUGGGGAUAAUAGAUAUAGAAGCCAAUUACCUGGUAGUCAAAGCUUAUCAAUACACCACUCUUACUAGCGUACAGCUCCUAGACUGUUUUGUCAUCCCAGUGGUGAUACUGCUCUCCUGGUUCUUCUUACUGGUACGAUACAAGGCAGUACAUUUCAUUGGGAUCGUGGUCUGCAUUCUGGGCAUGGGCUGCAUGGCAGGAGCAGAUGUCCUCGUUGGGAGACAGCAAGGAGCGGGUGAAAAUAAACUGAUAGGGGAUCUCUUAGUACUGGGCGGAGCAACGCUAUAUGGCAUCUCGAACGUUUGUGAGGAGUAUAUCGUCCGAAACCUGAGUCGAGUGGAAUUCCUGGGCAUGAUCGGACUCUUUGGCUCCUUCUUCAGUGGAAUUCAGCUUGCAAUCAUGGAACACAAAGAGCUGUUGAAAGUUCCCUGGGAUUGGCAAAUAGGCUUGUUGUAUGUUGGCUUUAGCGCCUGUAUGUUUGGCCUCUACAGCUUUAUGCCAGUGGUCAUAAAGAAAACCAGUGCUACCGCCGUCAACCUCUCCCUACUCACGGCUGACCUGUACAGCCUCUUCUGUGGAUUAUUCCUCUUCCACUACAAGUUUUCAGGACUUUACUUGUUGUCAUUCUUCACUAUCCUUGUUGGGCUGGUGCUCUACUCCUCCACGUCCACCUAUGUAGCCCAGGAUCCUCGCGUGUACAAGCAGUUUCGAAACCCUUCAGGACCUGUUGUAGACCUGCCAGCCACUGGCCAGCUGGAGCCUUCGGUAACAUACACCAGCCUGGGGCAGGAGACAGAAGAGGAGCCUCACGUUAGAGUCGCUUAAACCCAGGGCUGUUGAUCACCUACUGAUGAUUCAGUGGAGCUCGUAUAUCCAUUAUCUCUGUAUUGUACAUAGAGAAAGGUAUUUACCAGGUGCAGUUACACCGGUGAGCUGGAAGGUAGCAAAUAAGGAAAGCUCAUAAAAAUACAAAUUAAUUGUUCCAGGGUGUUCAUUGCAAGGAGAUGCCGGUCCCUUGUUUACGAUACGAGCAGCAUGUUUGCAAUACAAACUGCUGUCCAUGAAUCAGUUAAUGUCUAACUACCUGUGAAAGAUAUUCAAUAUAUACACUGAAAUUACAAAAAAAAUUCAUAGACGGGUGUUUUUGCACCCACUGAGUGAUAUUAUGCCUAAGCCACACCAGUUGUGGAAAAGCCACCUUUUUACAGCAAAUACACUUGUGCAGUCACUGUUAAUUUCUCUCUAAGAUUUGUUUGUUUGCACAAAAUAGAUGGGUUACUCAUGGUAGCAACACCCUGACACAUUUUUGCUAGCACCUUGGAUUUUGUGAGGGAAAGACAAUUAAUUCAUCUGUGCUAUCCAUCUAGUUGCCCUUUCUAGGUAAUCUGUUCCAUGAAUCCAGAGAAGGGACAACUUACAAUAUCCGUCUCUAUUCUAGGAAUAGGUAUAAGGCAAGCAUUUUAGCCUUUCUAUAUUUGCAGAAGUGAAGUACUCAAGCAUUGACCUCUCUAUGAUCCAUGGCAGAUUUCCUAGCGGCUGAGGUUCUGCAUCAGGUGACAGGGAGUUCGUUCCUCUGUAGUCGUGACUUAACACAGAUUUCUUACUUUUUAAAUUUUAACCUGUAAAAAGAAAAAUGCAUUUUCUAGUUUCCUAUGUAUUGUACCUCUCCAUGGUAAGAUGACAUAUCAUGUGGAUCCGGGCACUUAUUUUAGAUACUCAGUGCGUCGAGGGCGCCUUCUGCUGUUCCAGUUUGCUUAGUCUGCUGUGGUUCAUUAUUCUAACAAUAGCUAUUUAGAAAUGUGUCAGUUUUUCCCCCAAACCCACAAAUUGUAAAAAUCAGGAAGAUUAAGUGAGGAAUUCAUGAGCAGAAAGACUGGACCAUCUGCUGGUGUUGCUGCAGUAGCGCAAAGGCAUUCAUACCGGCAGGGUACAGCCAAUUAUUUUUCAUUAACUACAAAACUAGCAGAACAAUUCAGCAGUUUUCCUACAUUCCUGGGGACAUGUGAAAAUAGUAAGGGUGUGCUCCACAACUGUAAUUCUGCUCCAGGAGCCUUAUCAGAAUGGGGGAAAUCCUAGUCACCACCAUGAAAAAUCCAUCUCUGCCUGUAUGUUUGCUCUUCUGAGAGCCCAAUAAAAGGAAAUCAUUAUUUCAACAUCCAUCAUCUAUUUUUAAUUUAAAAUUAAGGAAGGAGAGAUGAUCUUAUGUCUAACAGAUAGGAGAGGGAUCCAGGAGAGCUUGGUUUUUUUCACAGAUCUGCCACAUCUCUGCGUGAUCCUUGGGCAUGACUUACCUUCUGUGUGGCUGAGUUUCCCAAUCUGUAUAUAUGGGAAUAAUGAUAUUUUACCUACCUCACAGGGGUGCUAUGGGACCAAGUUAUUUUAAAAUGCUUCAGGAUCUUCAGAAGGAAGGAGUUUAAGAAGUGCACAAUAGUGCUGUAAAAGUAUGUAUACAUUCAUUGUAUUUGAAAAUGGAGUUUACAGCAGGGUUGAUGAAUAUUUUGCUUGUGGGCAUAGAAGAUGAAUUUUGUUUGAAUGUUAUUCUGCUGAAGAAGUCUGUCUCAAGCGAAAAUGUAGGGCUUCAUGUUUGAAAAAUACAACUUACCUAUUUCUAUUUAGAAAAGAAAAAAAAAAAUCAAUCUGUACUCUGGAGAUUAGAAAGGCCACACAGUUCAACCAAGCAGGAUGAAUUUCUGCUGAGGUAACAUUCAUCUUUUAUAGUCCUGUUCUGCUUUAAUAUAGAAGGGACUUCCCUGAAGCAAACUGGGAGAAGUAUGUAUGCAUAAUAUAUAUGAAGUGGCAAAUGGCAAAAUGCUAUUGAACAGCAGAAGUAUGUUGUACCUUAUUCUUGCCGUGGAGGAGGAGAAGAGGCGAUUUCUGUCCCACCAUGUUUAGGCUGUCUGCCACGAUCCUGCUGCAGCUGAGGGAAGGGACUGCAGUAUUGCCAAACCAUGCCAAAAACCAGCCCAAAAGCUUUGGUUAAGAUGGCUUGGUUUUAAACUCGUAACAAAUGUAUGAUUUUUUUCCCUGCCUCCUGUUUGUUUAAUCUGUUUAGCAUUCAUGUUUCCAAGCUUUUUUUCUUAAACUAUUGAGGAUUUUAAAAAAAAAAAAAAAAUUCCCAUAGAGAAGCAGAGUCCGUAUUCUGGGGAUAUUAAGGAAAGUCUAAAUCCUACAGGAUUCAAAGAAAACAAAAUUAAAAACCACACAAGAAAGAUUACCUGAUACUUCAGGGUAAGGUCUGUGGGGUGGAAGUCCAGGUGGGAAGCACAUGGUUGGGUGAAGCCCUCAUGCACAGGGGCCAGCAAGCAUCCUUGGGUCAAGCCCUGGGAGAGCUUCAACUUGAGGUGGGUUUCGUACAUUCGCCAGGAGCAGGGGCUCUGGUUACAACCACCACGGCUCCUUCAGGUACCCAGAGGCACACUGGCGGGCGCCUGUCAUCUCAGUCUUUUUUGCUACCUUUUAUACCAAUUAAAUACCUUUCUCUGAACGUUAGUCCCCGUGUUGGUCUGAGAACCUUGAGGAUUGCGUGUGUGUGUGUUUGUUUGUUUCAUGUUUACAAUUCCUUCCUUUUGCAUAAUUGUUUUGGUUAAUUUCAUUGUUAGUAUUUAUUUUUAAGCCAAAUGUUUGUAGUCCUGCCGCCUCCCCCUCCUCAUUUUUCUGACACUAACUUGUAGAUGUUUGUUAGAGUCUUCUCAGAAACAGCUGGGCAGGAGGCAUCUCCGGGCCAGGUCACUGGGCUGGGAGUUUCUACUUACAAGGGUUGGCGAUCCACAAGUGGCUGAGAGGUGCCAUCUGAAGCAAUUUUUACAGGCUAUUUUAAAAGGCUCUGUUGUACGGAAGUAAGUUAUGAAUGUUUCGGUGUGCAGUCUGCACCCAGCCACCAUCCCCUGUGUUACUUGCACAGGAGGAGUUUGAUGUGCAAAGUGGGGCUGCUUCACUGUCUGUGUCUCCCGUUAAACGAGGUGGAUACUUGGAUUAGCACCAGUGUGCUAGUGCUGGAUGGACCUCGAAGGAAAACAGUAGUAUAGCUUUACAAGUAACUGUGUUGACUGAAAAACUGAGGUCUAGUAAAGGAAAACAUUACUUCUACCUGCUUGUUUUCUGCAGUUCGAGACCUCGGUACGCACCAGCAAAGGUUCAGCUAUCUAACCGGCAGCUACUCUCCGUGUUGCGUAGGACGUCUCUAGCUCUGUAUAGCUCCUUGCCUGAACAAACAAACUCUGUUAUACUGCUGGCCCUGAGCAGCCCUUAGCAAGACUGAUGUAAUUUUCUGCUACUGGAUGAAAACCUUCACUGGGAGACAGACCUUGUCUUUGUUCCAGCUAUAAAGUUUCAAAACACACAACGAUAGACCAAGCAAUUGAAAAUUUUGCACCACUGUGUCAUAAGAAGAAGUUUCAAUGUAUAGUGUAGAGAUUGCUAACUUGUGCUAUUAACAUUUUGACAAGCGUGUAGUAUUGUUUUCUUUCCUUUUUUUUAAAACCAUUUAGUAUUCUUGAGCUAGCUAGAAUUAUAAAUUUUACCCCAUGGGUAGGAUUUUAUUGUUAAAUGCCAUAAUAAAGCACACUAAUCUUGACACCGCAGAUGGAAAUACGAACCAAAACCAAAACCAAGCAAACAAAAUCCCAACCCCAAAUCCUGCAUUGAAAAGCUGAACAAACCUUUCUCCAUUUUGAUAUUUGCAUGCACCUAUAUGGACUGGCUGUGGCAAUGUAAUGCCUGUAUAAUGUUUUCAAAUAAAAAAAAUAA